AUGCUGGCCGAAUGGCGGGGCGUCACUUCGGCGAGUCGGGUGUAUGGAAAUUACGGCUACGAGAUUUCGGAUGAUUUGCGGAGGAGACGUGUCGAGGUGCUCGAGAAGCGCUACGGUGGCCGAGAGCAGGCCCAUGCCGCAGCAGUACGCAUACAACGCGCAUUCCGACAACACAGGAUGAAUAGCCGAUUCAGACAGGUCGGUCAGACUCUUUUCGGC